AUGAUUGGCAACACCAAGACCAUGGUUAUGGCCGAUUCAGGAGCGACUGUAAACAUUCUCAAUCAGGAGGAUUACCUUCCUCUGCACCAUCGGCCGCAACUCGCACCAUCGAAAUCUCAUUUAUUUCCGUACAUGUCCGACAAACCGCUCGUGAUUCAAGGAAAAUUUGAAGCUGAGAUACGCAGUGACCAAUGUACAUCUAAGGAGACAUUCUACAUUGUCUCUGGACCUAGUGGAUCGCUUCUAAGUUGGAAAACCACACAAAAGCUACGUCUGAUCAAAGUCGCGAAUGCGAUUUCUGAGCAACCGAAUGCGCCUGAGUUUCUGUGUGACUUUCCUGACAUCACGAGUGGAAUGGAUGCCUAUAAGGGUGAACCGGUUAACGUCCAUGUAGACCCCAGCUUCGUUCCAGUAGCCCAACCACACCGUCGCAUUCCAUUUUAUGUUCGUCAACACGUCGAGGGAAAAUUGAAGGAACUCGAGGAAUCCGAUAUCAUCGAGCGUUCAGAAGGACCAACACCUUGGAUUUCACCGAUAAUGGUUGUUUCAAAACCAAAGAAACCUGACGAAAUCAGGAUAUUUGUAGACAUGCGUUCAGUGAAUCGCGCGAUUAUUCGCGAACGUCACAUCAUACCGACCAUCGACGAUAUCGCUGCAGACUUAAAUGGCUAA